AUGUCCACGAGCGACUUUUAUCUGCGGUACUAUGUUGGGCACAAGGGAAAAUUUGGACAUGAGUUCCUGGAGUUUGAGUUCAGGCCAGACGGAAAACUGCGGUAUGCAAACAACAGUAACUAUAAAAAUGACGUCAUGAUCCGAAAAGAGGCAUAUGUACACAAGAGUGUUAUGGAGGAGCUGAAAAGGAUAAUUGAUGACAGUGAAAUCACAAAAGAAGACGAUGCUCUAUGGCCACCUCCAGACAGAGUUGGCAGACAGGAACUGGAGAUUGUUAUUGGAGACGAGCAUAUUUCAUUCACAACCUCAAAGAUCGGAUCCCUUAUUGAUGUCAACCAGUCCAAGGACCCAGAAGGCCUGCGUGUUUUCUACUACCUGGUUCAGGAUCUCAAAUGUCUCGUUUUCAGUCUAAUUGGACUUCACUUCAAGAUUAAGCCAAUCUAA